GCACUGCAGCCGCAGGAGCAGGCACGCAUUGUGCAAAGAGGCGGCAGAUGCGAGCAGGGCCAACCCCACGCGCGUUGGCCUCCUCGCCCAGAGGCUUGCCGGGCCGCUUGACUGGCCCCCGUGCCUACCCCUGUGCGGGCUGGGGGCCAAGGAGGGCCGGCAUGGCCUGAGUGUUGGAGGCGCCUCGGCUCAGCGGCGGGAUUGCAACAUGGGGAACCAGGAUGGGAAGCUGAAGAGGAGCGCAGGUGAUGCCUUGCACGAAGGCGGAAGCAGCGCAGAGGAUGCUGUUGGGCCCAGAGAUGUGGAAGCCACAAAGAAGGGGAGCGGGGGCAAGAAGGCGUUGGGCAAGCACGGCAAGGGGGGAGGGGGUGGCGGCGGGGGGGAGCCAGGCAAGAAGAAGAGCAAGUCGGAAUCUAGAGCCUCAGUGUUUUCCAACCUGCGGAUCAGGAAGAACCUGUCCAAGGGGAAAAGCACCGGUGGCUCCCGCGAGGAUGUGCUGGACUCCCAGGCCCUGCAGACCGGGGAGCUGGACAGCGCGCAUUCUCUGGUCACCAAGACUCCAGACCUCAGCCUCUCGGCAGACGAGACGGGCCUGUCGGAUACCGAGUGUGCUGACCCAUUCGAGGUAACCCGUCCGAGUGGCCAUGGACCCACUGAUGCUGGGGUUGGGGGCAGGGUGGUCUUGGAGGAUUUGGAAACAACCGUGGGGAUGCAGGAUGGACAAAGGACCAGUUCAGGCUCGGACACGGACAUCUAUAGCUUCCACUCGGCCACGGAGCAAGAGGAUUUGCUUUCAGACAUUCAGCAGGCGAUCCGCCAGCAGCAGCAGCGGCAGCAGCAGCGGGGCUCCGAGGAGCCUGCAGCGCCCUCCGCAGCCGCCUCCCCCCAGCCCGGGGCCUUCUUGGGCCUGGACCAGUACUUGCUGGGUUCCAGCAGCGCAGCCCGGGAGGCCCCUUGCAGUCCUGACCCGGAGCGGGCUCUGUCUGCGCUUUCUGACCUGCCUGGCAGCCUGGCCACCGAGCCCCAGGUGCCUGAGCAGCCACCGCCCCCCAGCGGCCCUGGAGCCUUGGCGAUGCCUGGCCUGCCUGAGGGCCAGCCCGCAGCCGCAGCCUCGCCCUCCUCCCCCGCCUUCCCGUUCCCUGAGGCCCCGCCGGGAGAGGGCUCGGCCAGAGCUGCCGGCCCAGGGGCUGGGGACACUGACGAGGAGGGCGAGGAAGAUGCAUUUGAGGAUGCCCCCCGAGACUCUCCAGGGGAGACGUGGGGUCCGGGGGUGGAAGAGGUUCCCCCGAGGCUGGGGACAGAGCCCGAGGGGGAGCCCAGCAGGCCCGGCGCCCUGGCAGCUGCCUCCCUGCCCAGCAGCCCUGCGCCGAGCCCGCGCUGCUUCAAGCCCUACCCGCUCAUCACUCCCUGCUACAUCAAGACCACCACCCGGCAGCUCAGCUCGCCCAAUCACUCCCCCUCUCAGUCCCCCAGCCAGAGCCCCAGGAUCAAGAGGCGGCUAGAGUCCUCCCUGAGCCGGGGGCCCAGAGCUUCCCUAGUCUCGGCCGCUGCUCCAGCCAAGAAGCACCGGGCUGAUAACGGCCUCGCCUGCGGCCUCAGCCGUUCAGCCGACUGGACUGAGGAGCUGGGCAGCCGUGCGCCCCCGGCCGGGGGCUCUGCGCACCUGCUGGAACGCGGGGUGGCCUCGGAGGGGAGCGGUGGGGCGCCACCAGUGCAGGCGGCCAAGGUGUCUGGGGCACAGGCGGCUGCUGAUUGUUUCCAGAACGUGUUCACAGGGCGAACUCUUUUGGAGAAGCUAUUCAGCCAGCAGGAGAACGGGCCUCCGGAAGAAGCAGAGAAGUUUUGCUCCCGGAUCAUUGCCAUGGGUCUUCUACUUCCUUUCAGUGACUGCUUCAGGGAACCGUGUGAUCGAAAUGCCCAAUCAAGUUCAGCUCCGUUUGAUCAAGAUCAACUUUAUACUUGGGCUGCGGUCAGCCAACCCACUCACUCACUGGAUUACACAGAAGGGCAGUUUCCCAGGCGAGUCCCGUCUGUUUGGCCCCCAUCGAAACCUCCUGAUGAAGAACACAGGCUGAAGGAUGCUGAAACAGAAUCUCAGUCCGCUGUUUUGGAAACUCCAAAAAAAUGUUCAGAUGCUGUUCAGCGGGAAGUUUUUGACAUGAAGUCUGAAGGACAGGCAACUGUAAUUCAGCAGCUGGAACAGACCAUUGAGGAUCUGAGGACCAAAAUAGCUGAGCUGGAGAAGCAGUAUCCUGCCCUGGAUGUGGAUGUGGCCAGUGGCCGUCAUGGGGCUCACAAUGGAGUGGCAUCAUUAGAAGGUGUCUGUCUUGAAGCUCUCAGGUUAGGAGAAAAGGAUGUACAUCAUCAAAGGAUUUUACAGGCAAAGUCAAUCCAGACGUCCCCGACGGAAGAGGGUGGGAUACCGACACUGCCUUCUGUUAAUGCACUACCAGAGUGUCCUCCCUGCCCACCUGGGCCCGAAAGUGGAGACUCAGCUAUGCCCUCCUCACCUUCUGGACCUCAGACAAAAUUCUGCUCAGAGAUUUCUUUGAUUGUGUCUCCAAGGCGAAUAUCAGUACAGCUCGACACACAUCAGCCCACUUUGCCUCCAGCACCUCCAUCCCUUCCGAGGUCUGACAGUCAAAGACAGGCCGGGUCACAACCUUCCCAUCCUUCUCUUCAUACUGAGUCUGAAACCAGCCAUCAAUACUCUGUUUUCUCUUCCUUUGACAAUAGCCAUAGCAUCCAACCCUCCCCACCUCUGCCUUGCACAGAGUCUUCCAGCUCCAUGCCUGGAGUGGGCAUGGUGGUCCCCCCACCUCCCCCUCUCCCUGGCACAACAGGGCCUGCUCUGCCCAGUACAGCCAUCCCCCCACCUCCUCCUCUGCCUGGUACAGAAAUGCUACCCCCCACUCCUCCGCCUUUGCCUGGUGAGGGAAUACCUCCUCCCCCUCCCUUGCCAGGUGAGGGAAUACCUCCUCCCCCACCUCUUCCUGGAGUGGGAAUACCUCCUCUCCCUCCCCUGCCAGGUGAAGGAAUACCUCCUCCCCCACCUCUUCCUGGAGUGGGAAUACCUCCUCCACCCCCUCUUCCUGGAGUGGGAAUACCUCCUCCCCCUCCCCUGCCAGGUGAAGGAAUACCUCCUGCCCCACCUCUUCCUGGAGUGGGAAUACCCCCUCCCCCUCCUCUUCCUGGAGUGGGAAUACCCCCUCCUCCCCCUCUUCCUGGAGUGGGAAUACCCCCUCCCCCACCUCUUCCUGGAGUGGGAAUACCCCCUCCCCCGCCUCUUCCUGGAGUGGGAAUACCCCCUCCCCCUCCUCUUCCUGGAGUGGGAAUACCCCCUCCCCCUCCUCUUCCUGGAGUGGGAAUACCCCCUCCCCCUCCUCUUCCUGGAGUGGGAAUACCCCCUCCCCCUCCUCUUCCUGGAGUGGGAAUACCCCCUCCCCCUCCUCUUCCUGGAGUGGGAAUACCUCCUCCCCCCCCUCUUCCUGGAGUGGGAAUACCCCCUCCCCCCCCUCUUCCUGGAGUGGGAAUACCUCCUCCCCCCCCUCUUCCUGGAGUGGGAAUACCUCCUCCCCCCCCUCUUCCUGGAGUGGGAAUACCUCCUCCUCCCCCUCUUCCUGGAGUGGGAAUACCUCCUCCCCCCCCUCUUCCUGGAGUGGGAAUACCUCCUCCCCCCCCUCUUCCUGGAGUGGGAAUACCUCCUCCUCCUCCCCUGCCAGGUAUGGGGAUUCCGUCUGUUCCCACUCCCCCUCCCACUUCUGGAUCAGGCAUCCCCCCACCCCCUCUACUUCCUGGAUUAGGCCCUCCACUCCCCCCUCAGGUUGGAAGUAGCACUUUAUCAGCACCGCAAGUGUGUGGCUUUCUUCCUCCUCCGUUGCCAGCUGGCUUGUUUGGAUUAGGGCUGAACCAAGACAGAGGGAGUAGGAAGCAACCAGUAGAGCCUUGUCGGCCCAUGAAGCCUCUGUAUUGGACGAGAAUUCAACUGCAUAGUAAAAGAGACUCCAGUGCUUCACUUAUUUGGGAAAAAAUUGAAGAGCCAUCCAUAGAUUGUCAUGAAUUUGAGGAAUUAUUUUCUAAAACUGCUGUGAAGGAGAGGAAAAAACCUAUUUCUGACACCAUCACAAAGACCAAGGCUAAACAAGUGGUCAAGUUAUUAAGCAACAAAAGAUCACAAGCAGUUGGAAUAUUAAUGUCUAGCCUUCAUUUAGAUAUGAAAGAUAUACAACAUGCUGUUGUGAACUUGGACAAUUCUGUGGUUGAUCUGGAGACCCUUCAAGCUCUCUAUGAGAAUAGAGCACAGUCAGAUGAACUGGAAAAAAUUGAAAAGCACGGCCGGUCCUCCAAAGACAAGGAAAAUGCCAAGUCUCUGGACAAACCUGAACAGUUCCUUUAUGAACUGUCACUAAUCCCCAACUUCUCAGAGCGAGUCUUUUGUAUUCUGUUCCAGUCCACGUUUUCAGAAAGCAUUUGCUCAAUUCGUCGCAAACUGGAAUUGCUACAGAAAUUGUGUGAGACAUUAAAAAAUGGCCCAGGGGUUAUGCAGAUCCUGGGUUUGGUUCUUGCUUUUGGCAACUACAUGAAUGGAGGGAAUAAGACUCGAGGACAGGCCGAUGGCUUCGGAUUAGACAUUCUUCCAAAGCUGAAAGAUGUCAAAAGCAGUGACAAUAGCAGAAGCCUGUUGUCAUAUAUUGUUUCCUAUUAUCUUCGAAAUUUUGAUGAGGAUGCUGGAAAAGAACAGUGUGUUUUUCCACUGCCAGAACCCCAGGACCUUUUUCAGGCUUCACAGAUGAAGUUUGAAGAUUUUCAAAAAGAUCUCAGAAAACUAAAGAAAGACUUGAAAGCCUGUGAAGUUGAGGCGGGGAAAGUAUACCAGGUGUCCUCAAAAGAGCACAUCCAGCCUUUCAAAGAAAACAUGGAACAAUUUAUUAUUCAAGCUAAAAUUGAUCAAGAGGCAGAGGAAAACUCACUGACAGAGACUCAUAAAUGCUUUUUGGAGACCACAGCCUAUUUCUUCAUGAAACCAAAAAUUGGAGAGAAGGAGGUGUCCCCAAAUGUUUUCUUCAGUAUCUGGCAUGAAUUCAGCUCUGACUUUAAAGACUUUUGGAAGAAAGAGAACAAACUCAUUCUACAAGAAAGAGUAAAAGAAGCCGAAGAGGUGUGCAGGCAGAAAAAGGGAAAAUCACUUUAUAAAAUAAAACCAAGACAUGACUCUGGAAUUAAAGCAAAAAUAAGCAUGAAAACCUGA